AUCGUUCAUGCUUUGAUGACGGUAAACGUUCUUGGUUUUUACGCCAAGAAAGAAGAAGAAUGGUGGAAGUCAAUGCUUCGGAUGUAUUCUCCUAAUAAUGUUAGAAUUAGUCUGUUGAAUUUUCAAAGGUACUUUGAAACGUCAUCUUGUCUCAGCGCUCAAAGGUUAUCCAAGAAAAAAGAAAAGAAUAGGAUUAUUGACCCUGAUGAAGAAAAGUGUAAUUGUGUUGGUCCACCUGAUCCUAUAUCAAAUUUGAGAGUUAUAAAAUAUUAUGUUCCAUCUGAUGAGACCCAGCUGGAGAGAAGAUAUCGCCUGGCCCAGCAAGCAACACAUGAAUUUAACCAGAAAUUUUGGGCAGAUCAUAAUGAAAAAUUUAAAAAGAUGAAGGCAGCGUUUAUCAAGAUGAAACUGAACGAAAAAUAUGGUGACUGUGAAAAGGAUAAGAAGACACUCUCUGCUGAUGAAAUGUCCCAAUUUUAUAAAAGCUUUCUGGAUGACCACAGACUAACACACAAGCAGUACAAUAACGAAUGGUACAAGAGAAAUAUUAAUAAUCUUGUUUUAGCUACAAGAGUUUGGCUUGAACAAACUUUAAAGACAAGACGAAGAUGAAUGUUUAUUUAGAGGUAGAAGUAAUAUGAAAUUUAUUGUCCAACACAACACUACCAUAAUUGAUGCUGCAGCUAAUAUUGUGCACUACUACAGUUGUUAAUACAAGUAGUCAAAUAAAAUUUAUCUCUGGGACAACUUGUCAUAGAAGAAUUUCUCUUGUUAGAAAAGCUUUCAGAUUAUAAUCUCAGGGGUUCAAUGUAUUUUUAGGUUUUUUUAACUCUUAAUGAGUACCUGCACUGUCAAGCAAUUAGUAUGGAAGAAACUACCUUCUGUUUUUGUUUCUAAGUAAUUUUAGUAGUAAAACAGAACACAUGGUUAUACUAUUUUCAUAAUAACUGGACUGUAUAUCCCAGAAGUAGUGCUGAAUUCAGCAGACAAAGCAGUUGGAAUUUUGGUGAUUUCAAAUCUGAACAAACUUGAAUAGCGACAGAAGUUUGCAGAUGUUCAACUUCACUGUAUGUUAUUGGAAAGAAGUAUGACACUUUUGGUCUUGAACCACAAAACCAGAAUUGUUUUGAUAUAAAGUGUGAUUUACAGGAUUGAAGAAAAGAUUUAGGGGCUUACACACAGAAUUUUAAUAAUGCACUGAGCAUAUUAGGUAAAUCACUCCCUUGAAAUAGCCUUGUUUUGGUUUCAAGAGGUUGACUGUAUCUCUCAUACCAGAAAGACCCUCUCUUUAGGAGGGGAACAAUCUUGUUACUAUCACAAUAAAAAUGCUCUUUUUUUUUAUUUUCUGUAUAUAUAAACAUGCAUCAGCUGGGCCACAUAUCAGGGUUAGAAUUAAUCUUGAUUCAUCUAAGCAAUUAAAAUAUUUUGUUUUUUGUGGAACUAGGGAUUUACAUCCUGUUUUUAGUAAGUUAACUAAGACUUAAGAAUUCAUCAACUCUUUCUUUUUUCACUAAAUUUAUUUUAUAAAGAAAUUAAAUGUU